CAUUUAAUCAUUCCUAUACCAAGGGCUCAUUCCUUUAUAGGAAAGGGCUGGGGAAAUAAAAUCUAACCAAAUUUAUGCGAUUAUUGUUCCAACUCCAGCUCAUGCUCAUCAAUUCAAAUUAAGUAGAAAUUAAAAUUAAAUUCCAAGAGCAGCUCACAACAGCACAAAAGAAAAUUAAAACUUGCCUUUGGGAAUCCAAUGCCCACUCCUCCCCAUAUAAAUCACACCCGUCGCAUCGCUCCGAUUCCCAAUCCCCACGCUUCCAUUCCAUCCAUCUCUCUCGCUCUCUCGCUUGCUCGCCCCGCCGAUUCCCGAUCGGAGUGAGGAGCUCGCCGCUGCUGCUUGCCAUGGCGGCCGCCGCGCUGACCAGCCAGCUCAACGCCCUCGUCAACAACAUGUUCGCCAUGGGUUUGCUGGACGACCAGUUCCAGCAGCUGCAGAUGCUGCAGGACUCCACCGCGCCGGACUUCGUCUCCGAGGUCGUCACGCUCUUCUGCGACGACGGCGAGCGGAUCAUCUGCGAGCUCUCCAGGCAGCUGGAGAAGCCAAAUGUGGAUUUUGACAGGGUGGACUCGUAUGUGCAUCAGCUCAAGGGGAGCAGCGCAAGUGUUGGUGCUCAGAAAGUGAAGAACACUUGCAUUCAGUUCCGUGAGUUUUGCCAACAGAGGAGCAGAGAUGGGUGCCUCAAGACUUUGGAUUUGGUGAGGACUGAAUUCUAUGAUCUUCGUAACAAGUUUCAGGCUAUGCUUCAGCUGGAGCAGCAAAUCCAAGCUUGUUACCCUAAACAUUAAACUGGCGCGACAGUGGAGCUGCAUGUUUACACAACUACUGUGCCUUUGGAGUUGUAGAACAUGCUCGUUUAGCUUUUAUCUUGGAGUCAUUUGUUUCUGGGAUGUCUGUAGCUGUUUAGCAACAAGCUGAUCUAGCUUUGGCACCUUCAUUACUGAGUAGUCGCUCUCAGUUUCUGUGAUGGGGACAACCGUUUCCAGCAAUUUGUAGUAUCUGUUGUUAUCUGGUGUCUCAGCUAUAGUUUUUUUCGGUCGUUUAGAAAUGCAACAGCUGUGCAAUUUCGCGAAAAUUGCAUUUUGCUGGUUGAUUAGGGCGGCUUGUGGUAUGUUGUUGAGAACAAAGCGAUACUUAAUAUCGAUAUAAUUGCUGUUUGAAACCAUGUGUUGUGGGAUGAAUGUGAACCGUGCCUUGUUUA